GGUCUCUUUGUCACCACCUUUGCUUCCCUUUACUCUGAAGCAAAUUCAGAGUUCCAACGCGUGUUAAUCUGCAUACAAAUUGCCCGAAUUCCAUCUUUAAAUUAAACUGACAUCUACCAACCCUUAACUUAAAAGACGUUCCUGCUCUGGCCAUCGUAAACCCAACCCCCGCCGGGCCGCCGCCGGUCACGUUGGCUCGUUAAUUUAUAGUUGUAUCCAUAAAUUGAAGCAUGAGAUCCAAAACGCAAUUCACAGGCACUCUGAAGGUAUCACUUCUGUGCCUUGGAUUUUUGGUCCUCUUCGUGUUGAUAUUCCGGUCAACCAUAUCCUCCUUCAAUUCAUCAAAGUCAAACACAAGAAGAGCUAGCUCUGCUACAGAAGAAGCGCAAGGCAGAGAAGCAGAGAGCGCAACAGUAGUGGCGUGCCCGUCAGUGGCGCCAUUGACUCCGACAUGCAGCAAAGCCCCUCCAUCUCUGGUGAACGCCGUGAUCCACUACGCGACGACGAACAUCACCCCUCAGCAGACCCUCCAGGAGAUCUCAGUGUCAGCCAGAGUCCUGCAGAAGAAAUCACCCUGCAACUUCCUCGUGUUCGGCCUGGGCCACGACAGCCUCAUGUGGACGUCCCUCAACUACGGCGGGCGCACCGUGUUCCUGGAGGAGGACAAGGCCUGGAUCGACCAAAUCCAGCAGAGGAUUCCCGGCUUGGAGUCGUACCACGUGGCCUAUGACACCAAGGUCCACCAGGCGGACGAUCUCAUCAAGAUUGGAAUGGAGGAGGAUGAGUGCAAGAAGGUGAGCGACCCCAGGUUCUCCAAGUGCCAGCUGGCACACAAAGGCUUUCCGAGCGAGGUUUACGACAUUGAGUGGGAUGUGAUCAUGGUGGAUGCACCCACCGGCUACUUCGAAGGGGCGCCUGGCAGGAUGAGCGCCAUCUACACGGCUGGCUUGAUUGCCAGGAACAAGGAGCAGGGCGAGACCGACGUCUUUGUCCACGACGUUGACAGGAAGGUCGAGGACACCUUCUCCAAAGCCUUCCUCUGCCAAGGCUAUCUCAGGGAGCAGCAAGGACGGAUCAGACACUUCACCAUCCCUAGCCAUAAGGCUCGUUUGGGCAGACCCUUUUGCCCCUCCUGAGUCCUCAUACCUUUUGCAAUUAUAUUAUUCUUUUAACUUCCCCAGUACUGUUUCUCAUCAUUUCUUUACUCAAUGGGAAUCUCCAGCCAUAGCCAACACAAAUAAAAGAAAAGGGAGAAAACGAAGCCUUCGUAUAUUGCAUUUUUUUCAUACUAUAUCACCUUGUUUUGGUUUUUCAGAAACUCUCUUUUACAAAAGCGAGUAAGUUAUUUUUCAUCGUUAGCAAUACACUUAAUUGGUACAGAAGCUAUACUAGGCGCACACCACUACACCAGCAACAAUAUUAAACAUUGCCUUUACCACAUUCAUUAAAGGGAUAACAGCCACGUUUGUAGUUGA